AUGGACCGCGCCAGCAGUACCAACCCACGCUCUGGCAAAAGCGCCUUCCCACCUCCUCUGAACCUCAACAAACGCAGCCCACCACCGCCAAAAUCGAAUGAAAGCCAAAGAACAAACGAAAAAUCAACCAAAGACGGCCCAAAAGCCAAAAGCAACCCAAAGACGAAGGAUCAGGACAAGAUGGACGACGACUACGUAGACGUCAACCCAACCAGCCCCGUGCCCGCCGCCUCCUCCAGCAGGCUGGCCCCCAAGACGUCGACUCAGUACUCCAACAACUUCAGCAAGGCCGACGCGCGCUUCAGCACGACGGCGCAGUCCAGCUACGGCGCCUUUGACCCGCUCGAUUACGCCGCCUCGGAGGCGCCGCCCCCUCUCCCGACCGAGGAGAACGGCGAGUCCAGCGAGGAGCUGCGCCAGCGCCGGCUCCAAGAAAAACAGAGACGAGAGGAAGAGUGGGAGGAGGAGCAGGCACAGCGCAAGCGCGAGCGCGAGAGGCUGGCGCAGGAGCGGCGGCAAAAGGAGAUUCAAGAAGAAGAGGAGAGACGCAGGCGCGAGUGGGCCGAGGAGGAGGAGCGCAGGAGGAGGCGAGAGGAGGAGGAGGACUUUGAGGAGGAGAUUCCGCGCCGGCAGAGCCCGCCCAGGCAGGAACAGUACCAACGACGGCCGUCCGGGGCGGACCGGAGGAACUCGUACGCCAGACACUCGUUCCACCGCCAGAACGACAGUCGGGACUACAGGAGGUACAAUAGCAACAGCAAUAGCAACAACAACAGUGGCAACGAGGAGGAAAACGCAAGGGGUGAUCCCAGACGGGAGAGGAUUAAUAUCAACAUGAACGACGCUUGGCAGUCUUGGACCUCGAUGGGUGGCAGAGACGAUCGUGGAGGGUUUGGCAUUGGAGGAACUCCAGGCUUCGGAUUAUUUGGUGGUCAGAGGGCCGGAUUCGGUCCAGUGGGGAAUUUGCCUAUCACCCAGUUGCCAGGCUUGGGAGGGUUUAGAAUGUUUGGCUUGUGA